AAGAGAUUUGAGCGUGUUCCCGGGGGAUUUUUUAUGGUGGCUCGAUAUGUGGAGUGGGUUCUCAAUGUUUCUUCCGUCCUUUCCAUUGCAAGUCGCGUGCCUCGAGUCUUUGUCUCUUUUAUUAUAGUGAUUGUAGAUCUGUAGGCAUAUGUUUUUCUGUUAAGAUAUGCUUGUUUGAAUUGGUUAUGUGAAUUAGGUUUGGUUCCUUGGUUGUUUCUUUGUUUGGAUUGAAUUGGAAUACUAGUAUUAAGGAUUGUUUUAUCUUGGUUUUGGCGCAAGGUGGAUUUUGAAAUUUUCGUACUCUUAUAAAAAUGAAAGCGGUUGGUUCUUAGUGUUGUUUUCGGUAUAGAUAUGAUCAUAGAUGCAUGUAUUCUCAGGUUUAUAUGCUCCUUUUUUAGCUCAGAAAGGAAAUAAUCUCGAACUCAGGCUUGUCUUUGUUUUGUUUAUAUGUUUCGCUGGCUUUUAAUUAGGAGCAGUCUUUGUUUAUUUACUUUUUAUUGUGGGGCUAUCGCUUAGUAUCUACUGAUGAUGUUGUUCAGUCUUCACUUAUUAUGGUUUUUCAUUUAGUUUGUUGUUAGAUUUUUCCAUAUGUGGAUGACAUUGUUACAUCUCAGUUUGUGGUAUAUGGAAAUAUUUAAGAGAAUUGAUUUGAUUUUCUAUCUCAUUAAAGUGCAUUUAUCUUUUCUGUCACACAUCCGUUUAGAACUCCAGGGUUAAGCGUGCUUGAGUUGGAGUCGUGGAAGGAUGGGUGACCGUUCAAGAAAUGAUUUGUGAUAUCAUGUGAGUGAGACCAAAGCACGGAAAAAGGUUAUGUGGUGAUUGCAUGGUCUGUAGACAAUGAUUUCGAGCCUUCAGAAAAAUUAAUACACCGUUCGUCGAACGGGAUGGAACCCACAGACCGAGUGAGCUGGUGUGGACAGUCCAUUAACCGUGCGUAGUCGUGGCUUUACAAGUGGUAUUAGAGUCGAAUCUAAAUGAGUGUGGAGUCAGUGAGGACUCACACUAAUAUGGGUAACGAUCUUGGGACGCAACGAGAGCGUUGUGUUCUCUGAGAUGGAUGGAUUGUACAUCCAGAUUUGUGGUAUAUGAAAAUGCUUAAUAGAAUUGAUUUGGUUACCUAUGUUAACAAAGUGCACUUAUUUCUUCCGUCACACAUCCAUUAAAACUAUAAGAUUAAGCGUGCUUGAGCUGGAGUAGUGAAAAGAUGGGUGACAUAUCGAGAAGUAAUUCGCGAUACUAUUGGAGUGAAACAAAGCACGAAAAAAGGUUAUGUAGUAGUUGCAGGACUAAUAAACAAUGAUUUCGAAUUUUCAAAAAACUUAACGUACCUUCUAUCGAUCGGGACGGAAUCCAUGAACCGAAUGAGCAAACUUUGAUGGCUUAUUAGCCGUGGACGGCCGAGUGUUACAUGCGUCCUUCACCAUUAUGUAACAUGUUAUUUUGAUAUAAAAACCAAGCAUUUAAAAAAAGAAAAAAAAAUACCUAUUUUUACUUUAGCUUUAGUAAUCUUGUUGAAUAUAUAUAUUUAUUGUCAAGCACAUUGAUAAUUGAAUAAAGCAAACUAAAUAACCACCACUAUAUUGGUGUCUACUUAAGUAUUUUAUGGACCACGGGCUUUUUAGAUUCAAACUUACAUAUAAUACACAUUUCAGUUAAAUGAUUACAAUCGAUGAUACUUCAACCGAUUGCACUAAACAUAAUUUCAAUUUGAUACGAAUUUAUUUAAUCACCGUGUAUGUUCGUAAUUGCUAAUUAGAAUAAUGACCCAUUGUGUUGUACACGGCUCAACUAAAGUAUAUGAUAAUGUCAUGAUCAAAAUUUUUGAUAUUAGUUGGUUCGUGUAAAAUAUAUAUGUUAGUGCUCGACAAUAUUAAUCACCUACCAACCUGAACUAUAUGUUAUAUAUUUUGAGGGGGCACGUCAAGUGUGCCGUUUAUUUGUCUGGUUACAUGUUUAUGUUAUUAUUUAAUUUUCGUGAGUGUGGUGUUUCUUCUCUAGUUUCCACUUAUAAACAAAUAUCGACUGGAACUAGUUUUGAAAAACAUUCUCGAGAAGAAUACUGGCGGUAAACGGUGAUUUGAACCAUGGCUUGUGGGUUAGUGGUGAUUAAUUUGAGAACAAAAGUUUAAUAUGGUGAAAUCACCAGGGUUUAAAUUUUGGUUAUUGAAAAAUUAAUAUUUUGACAUCACCAAAGAUAAAAAACCGACAUGUGGCAACAUAUGACUAGUAUAGACUACUUCUGUAGAGCCAUAAUACUCUUAUAUAAUUAAAAAACGAUGAUUUGGGGUUUAUUAUCUCCAAAAUGACACAGUAAGCAUGAUUUUCUUUGUUUGGUUAAUUUGGAAUUGAUUAAUUUCCUUUUAAAAUUCGGAACUUAUUCAAUGCAUUCUAUUUUUUUAAUAAUUUUUAGAAAAAGAUAGAAUACUUUUAUUCCUCUUGCAAAAUUAUAGCCAUCUACUUUUAUCGGGAUUUAAAAUUUUAUUUGGCACAAACUCGUUGUCUACAUUUUACAAUUAUAAAGGAAAAUAAGUUAGCGAAUAGAUAAUUUGUAUGUUGAAAAGGAAAAUAAAUACUACACAUGUUUCCGAAAGUAAGAUUUUCUAGAGAUUUCACGUUUAUUAAGAAUAUAAUAAAUGUUUACCGUUUAAUUUAUUAUUUAUUUUUCUAUACACUUUCCAAUUACUCUCUACCAAUUAAAUCUAAUCAAUUCAAAAAUAUAAAAAAUAUCUUAAAAAUAUAGAAAAUUUAUCUUUGUAAAAUAAAAUAAAAAACUAAAAAAAAUUUACUUUUGAUAACAGAAGGAGUAGUGAUUAUUUGUAAAUGAUGGGUUGAGAGCAAAUGAUUACUUUCGAGUGGUGAUGUAGAAGUUAAUAUGUGUAAGUUUAUGGGAAAAGGAAAACGAAAAGAGAGAAAAACCAUGAUGAGUUAACGCAGACAUAGCCGCCAUUUCCACUUCUCACUCCCACUUACAACUAUUCCUUUUGGGCAAGUUUUCCACAUCAAGGCUCGUCUUAAUCACCAUUAAGCGCUACUCAUCAUUAGUACACUGAAGCCCACUAUUUUUCAAAAUACUGCUAUUUUAACUUCGCGGAGAAUUAUUAAAAAUACUUAAAUUUAUCUAUUUUUUUCUUUGUUAGACAAAUAUUGUAACUAAACCAUAAUUUACCUUAUACUCUAUCCCGAUCUAUUUUUACAUUUUCAAUGUAUAUUUUACUAACUAAUUGCAAACUUCAAAAAAAUAAUUGCACUUAUUAGAUUUUUAUUGGCUUUGGAAAAAAAAUAAUCACAAAAAAUUGUAUAAAUUUAAUGUGUUUUAUUAAUAUAUGUAAAAAAUCUAAAAUAUGUAAUAUUUUGAAACAGAGAGAGUACAUACUAUAUUUUGUCUUCCCUCGUUUGAACAAACUAUUGUAGUUAAAGGCAUAUGUUUUAUAAAGAUGAAUAUACUAAUAUAUAUUAUAACUAUUUUAACACUAUCAUAUGACUUUAUAAGAUGAAUUUAAUAAUAUAUAUUAUGAUUUUUUAAACUCAAUACUGUUUUUUCAACUAUGCUAAUUUAAAUUUUGAUGGUGUCAUAUAACACAAACUUAUGAUGAGUAUUAUGAAUACAAACUUAUGAUAAAUAUUAUGCACUAUUAAACUACAUGUUUUGUCAGAAUUUUUCAAAUUUUCAAUACAUUUUUAGUAUUUCCCUAAUCACUAGUAAGUUGUACUGGUCAGAUUUUGCUUACUGUUUAGAACUAACGAAUAUUUCUAAUUACAAAAUGGAGUAAAACAAAAUGGAAACUGUAGAGACCAUAUAUAGGAUUGAGAUCUUUAAACCUCUUAUCAGUCAUGAACUACUCGGCUUCUCCAACUUUUUAAGCUCAUCAUAAAUUUUUGACAAAAAAAGCUCAUCAUAAAUAAAAUAAAAAGUAGCCGGAAAUAAACUCUUUUUAUCUUUUUUUUUUAAAUCCAAAUCCUAUAAACUAUUGUAGCUUCUUUACUUAUAUCUCACGUUAUAUACAUAUCGUUUAUAUAAAUACUUAUAUCCCGAUUAAUCUUCCCUUACUUCUCUUGUUUCCACUCUCACCUUCCUACCUAUAUAAAACCCUAUCUACUUCACUCUUCCUCUCAACUCUCUCUUCUUCUCCUUGCUCUGUUCUUUCUUCCCUCUCUCUCUCUAGAAAGCAACUAUGAUAGUGGUUAGAGAAUACGACCCUAGCAGAGACUUAGCCGGUGUGGAGGAUGUAGAACGACGGUGCGAGGUCGGACCAAGCGGCAAGCUUUCUCUCUUCACCGACCUUUUGGGUGACCCGCUUUGUAGGAUCCGACAUUCACCUUCUUUUCUUAUGUUGGUGGCUGAGAUGGGUACGGAGAAGAAGGAGAUAGUGGGCAUGAUUAGAGGUUGCAUCAAAACCGUUACAUGUGGCAUAAAACUCGAUUUAAAUCAUAAAUCCCAAAACGACACCGUUAAACCUCUUUACACUAAACUCGCCUACGUUUUGGGCCUCCGUGUCUCUCCCUCUCAUAGGUUUCCGUUACUCCCACUAAUCGCGCAAUUACAAAAAAAAGUUAUAAUUAUUUACACGUUAAUUAUGGUUUUAUGCAGGAGGGAAGGGAUAGGGUUUAAGCUCGUGAAGAUGAUGGAAGAAUGGUUUACGCAAACCGGCGCAGAAUAUUCGUAUAUUGCAACUGAAAACGAUAACCAAGCUUCCAUUAAUCUUUUCACGGGAAAGUGCGGUUACUCCAAGUUCCGUAAACCGUCCAUUUUGGUUAAUCCGGUUUACGCCCACCGGGUUAACGUCUCACAUCAAGUAACCAUCAUCAAACUGGACCCGGUUGACGCAGAAUCUCUGUACCGGCUCCGUUUCAGUACAACAGAGUUUUUUCCGCGGGAUAUUGAUUCGGUGUUGAACAACAAACUCUCUCUCGGGACUUUUGUAGCGGUGCCACGUGGCAGCUGUUAUGGGUCCGGGUCAGGAUCAUGGCCCGGUUCGGCAAAGUUUCUGGAGUAUCCACCCGAGUCAUGGGCUGUGUUGAGCGUUUGGAACUGUAAAGACUCGUUUCGGUUGGAGGUUCGUGGCGCGUCGAGGUUGAGACGUGUAGUGGCUAAGACGACUCGUGUCGUUGAUAAAACGCUGCCGUUUUUGAAACUUCCUUCGAUACCGUCAGUUUUUAAACCGUUUGGUCUUCAUUUUAUGUACGGUAUCGGAGGAGAAGGCCCACGUGCAACAAAGAUGGUGAAGUCAUUGUGUGGUCAUGCACAUAACAUGGCGAAGAAAGGAGGUUGUGGUGUUGUGGCGGCAGAAGUUGCCGGAGAAGAGCCGUUGCGGCAAGGGAUACCUCACUGGAAAGUACUAUCGUGUGACGAAGAUCUAUGGUGUAUUAAACGGCUUGGAGAAGACUAUAGUGAUGGUGUUGUUGGUGACUGGACUAAGUCACUACCUGGCACUUCAAUCUUUGUGGAUCCUAGAGAAUUUUAAAGUUAAAACUUAUUACAACCUUCAUGUCAUAUAUAUAUUAGGGGGGUUUCAAAAAAAAAAAAGUAUCAGGGGGGUUUCUUGUAAACUCUUGUUUUGUUCUUUAAGUUCUUGAUGGGUUCAGUUUUAGGAUUAGUAAUCUUUUUUUUUUGAUGUGGGUGUUGUUAUAAAUAACUUAGUGGUAAGAGGCAAAAUCUCCUACUUUUGGGGUUUGUGUUUUCUUGUCUUGUAAAUGGAACUAGCUUUUCAAGAUACUUUUUCUCGGGCCAUGUUAAUAAAAUUAUAUAUACGUACAGAGAACUUUAAUGACGGCAUUGAUACAUAGAAUGAACUAAUUAUAUCAUGUUAGUAUGAUAAUCUUUCCGACAAAAAAACAAUUAUGAGAGUAGAAGAAGAUGGAUGUACAGAAUGUAUUAACGAUAAAGAUAACCUUACCACAGUUGUGUCAUAACCUGUAAAUGUAUAAUUAUUCGUUUUAAGUUCCACGUUUUUUAAAAAAAUAUUGCCGAAUAAAAUAUACUAAGCCACUAAUUUCCAGGAAUCUUACUACCCAUUGUUGAUUAAAGUUACCAAUUAAAAUCACUAUUUGUAUGAGCCUUUUGAAUAUCAACUAAGAUACACAUUUUCUUAAGAGAAAAAAAUACGGUAUGGUGUAUAUAUAUAUAUAUAUUAUUUUUUUUGGUAUGGUGUAUAUUAGUUUAGUUGUUCUUUUUUAGGUGGGAUUUGGUUCUUAGUACUUUGCUAAUUCGAGGUUGAUCAUUGAUGGAUAUUGGAGGAUAAAAACACCUUUAGAUAUCGGCAGUCUUACGUGUAAAAUGAUAUGAAUAUCAAUGUCAUGGACCGCACAUCUUCUCCAUUUAAUGGUCCCAAAGAAGUUAGACUGAUAGAUUUAUAUGUGAUUUAUAUGUUUCUUUUGUUGUGUUGCAGUAGCAUGAUAGAAACCUUUGAAUCAGGUUUGAGAACGUGUCCUUGUCCAAAGAGGUAUUGUCGAGUCGUGAGCACCGAUCGAGUCAGAGAAAGUUUAUACAAUAAGGUCUCCUUCAUCGCAUAAUAAGACAUGUGGAGAUAACUUACCACUUUGUGUUUGUGGAUUAUAUUUCAGUUAUAAACAUUAUCAUAUACGUGCGUAUAUUGACCGGAGGUUUGGUUUCUAGCUGUUGUGCGUUUAUUACAUAUAGCAUUUUCGUGGCAGUUUAUGCAAGAACGUUUUGGUGGUUAAUCGGAUUCGAUUUGACUUGGUGCUAAUUACAAGACAUGUAGCCUUGCAUGCAGAUUAGUUUUUUUGUGUGUGCUAAACAUGCAGAUUAAUUAUCAUUUCUUUCUCGAAGUUCAGUCUCAAUGAUUAACAGCAAAUCAUACAUAUGGUUCGCUAACAAAAUACAAUACACAAGAUAUAAAUUACAAGUUUCAUGGAUUUGAAAUCAGCUCGAUUAUGACGGACUUUAUCAUAUAUAGAGUCAGGCUUGUAUAGAGUCUAGUGCUAUCUUUGAUACGAAGUGAUUUAAACUUUUUUGAUUUACCAUAUAUAAAUGACUAGAGCUACCUUGGGUAUAUAAAUUUUGAAAACCAGACGAUCAUGUGAAUCUUAAGAUUUUCUAGCUAGAAAAAGAAAGUCUUCACGGGGUUCUCAAGUAGACGAUCAUGUGAAUCUUUAAGAUUCUUAAAAAGCAAAUAUACGAAGAGAGAAGAUAAGCACCAGUAGCACGAUACAAAUUUAAUGCAACAGUUUGAGAAUUAUAUAUACACACAUAUUAGUACGCCUACAUAUUAGGCUUAGACGUGACGUGAUGCUACACUACUACACAAGCACUAGGAUAUAAACAUUUGGACGAAGAGAAAAGUAGACGGAUAUGAAAUAACGGCCCAACAUGGGCCGUAGUGCAAGUCCAAAACAAAACAAAACAAAGCAAAAAAAAAAAGUGAACAUUAGGGAAACUUGCAAACCUACUUUUUUGGUCUUUUUAUUUUGUUAAAAUAAAAUGUUUCUACUAAUGGAAAAGCAUCUCCAACCCAUCCUUAUAUUUACCUCUAAAUGCUAUAAUAGAGUAAAAUUAGCUUCAAUCCACCCCUAUUUCUUUCCCUAAAAUAGAGAUUGCUAUUUUUUCCUCUAUAUUUAAGGGAAAAAAUAGCAUUUCUCUAAGGCAAACUUUUUUAUUUACAAAGUACUCCUCUAAUUUUUUUAUGAUUGUAACUAAAAUACUUGUGUAUGAAGAAAUACAAUUCUUACAAUAUAAAAUCACACCUUUUUGUUUACGUACUAAUUAUUAAUUUUUAUAACUAUAGUUAUAAAUAAAAUAAAAAUAUUAUUAUUUAUUUAAAAGUCAAUUAUAAUUAAAAUAAAAUAAAAAGUUAUUAUUUUAUUUAAAACUCAAAGACUUUUUAUUUAAAUAUUAAUCAAUACAAUAUAUUAAAACAACUUAAUACUCCAAAGAAAAAAUAUUUUGCAACACAACAAGAAGCAUGUAGAAAAGAUGUAGAACGUGCAUUCGGAGUUUUACAAUCACGUUUUGCGAUUGUGAAAGGCAGGUACGUUUUUGGAAAAAAAGUACUACAUGAUAUAAUGACUACAUGUAUAAUUUUACAUAAUAUGAUUACUGAGGACGAGCGUGAUCUCGAUGCACCGAUUGGAAUUGGAAGAGAAUCUCCACCUCCGGAAGUCCAAAUACCAGAUAAUGAAGAUAACCGAUUCCUAGAGUUUCUAAGUCGAUUCAGAAAAAUCAAAGAUAAAAAAGCUCAUUUCUCACUUCGGAAUGCAUUAAUUGAUCAUUUAUGAGAAACAUUUAGUAAUAAUGAUUGUUAGAUAAUGGUACUUUGUUUUAUUUUUUUUGUCUAAUGUCUUUUGUAAUAAAAUGUUUAGUUUAAAUAA